AUGUUCUCUUCGUACAAGGGAGUUUGGCUAGUGCAACGACGGCCAAGCUGUGCAGCCCGUUACAUAAGAAAAGUAAGGACUUCUCUUUCUCCUUACCAGAAUAUCAAGGAUGCAAGCACGGCGAGGAGCACAGAGCGUGCAGCCCUCAACGAACAUCAAACCGCCACUCCGCAAUCGGCAGCGGCACAACAACGUCCUGCGCCUUCAGUCUUAUUGCCUCUAACCACAGCGCUUGCAAAGCUUCAACACGAUACGAGGCAGCUUAUAGGCUGGGAGCUCCGCUUGCUCCCAUCCGCAAACAAUGCCGUCAAUUGCGCAACGUGCCGUCGAGGUCGCCGCUACAAAGGCUCUUUGGCAGCAGCCAAGGACGCGAUCCAUGGUAGCAGCAAUGCGUAUGGCAGCUUGGGACGGAGCUUGGGCCAUGUCGUUGAGGUGAUAACGCCGGCAGCGGAGAUGGCGCUCCCUAACAUAGAGCCAGGGCUCCCUUUGGCAGUCCGGCGCAGUGGCCCCGACAAUGCAGCAGCCCGCGCAGCCGCUACCGCCGCAGCUACAGCCCCUACAGCGAUGCCCAAGCCGGCCGCUCCCGUGGCCGCUCCUUUUGCUACAGCCACCGCCGCCACGGCAGCCACAGAAGGUGGUGACAGCGAUAACGGUCGCAACGACCACGGCGUGGCCGAGCGGCAGGGUAUAUUGUUGCGCACAGUACGACACACUAUCGUACAACAGUACGACUUUGCCGGCAACGAGGAGUACGUCGUACGUCUGGAUCCAGACGUACUGCCGUACGCUGACAUAGCCAAUCGUACAUUGAUCAUGGCGUCAGCGACCGCCGCCAGCACAGUGGCCCCCCUAGGGUUUGUGUCGGUAGCCGAACGCGCACACGGCCCUCUGCCCCCCCGGCCCCAGGUAGCUCUCCAACUCGGCCUCCGCAGCACACGGCGGCCCCGGGGCUACUGGUCGGGUCCGGACAGUUGGGAACGGUUGGGGGAGGAGUUGGCGGGUUUCGUGGCGGCGGGCUGGGUGGAGCUACCCCACCCGGAAUACCCGGGGAAGACGUACUGGUAUAACCAGCUUCUGCCCGGCAGUUGCUCCUCCUUAGGGCGGCGACCAGAUUCCGCCUCUCCGUCCUCGUCGGGAGCGACCCAUGGGUCGGCUGGGCGUCGCGGCGCUGAGCAGCACCAUCAUCAUCAUCAUCAUCAGCAGCAGCAGGGAAAUGACCAUGACGAGGACGUCGAGGGAUGCGUUGUUGGUGUUGGCGGCGGUGGCGGCGGCGGUGUUGGCGGCGGCGGUGGCGGUGUACGGUGGCUGGUGGCGGAGGCGGCUGCGGACCGAGUGAUGCCCUCACGGAGCUUGGUGAUACAAGGUGUUGGAGAGUGUUGUGGGGAGUGUUGCAGGGGAGCUCGGCGGUUGGAUCUCCACAACGCAAUCGAGUAUCACGGGGGUUAUCUGCACGUCGCGUCCCGGCUGGGACGUCGAAUAACAUGGGCACCGUCGAAACACCUGUACGACAGUACGGCGGCGAUACGGCGGAAGCUAUUCGCUGUCGCCAAGGAGCUGCAGCUAUCGCCAGGUGUGCUGCCCACAUCACGUGAGUUACGACAGGGAGGGUACGGCACAUUGCUGAAUGCCGUACGCCGACACGAGGAGCUCCGGAACCUGCUGGGCAUCCGUACACGCCCGGGUAGCAGCCGCCGCCGGCCACGCGGCCAAUGGGAUGACCUGGGUGCCUUGGCGGCGGAGCUGAACCAGUUCGCAGCGGCAGCGACGCUUGCCGUACAGAGCAGCAACCUUGUCGUACCACGUUCUCAAGAUCCGGCGGUUGGGAUGCGACAAGACGGCAUCGGCAGCAGCAGCAGCAGCGGCGGCGGCGGCGGCGGCGGCGAUGUACCGGUUAUGGAUGCUAUCGACGCCACGGCGGCUGGCGGCGGCCGAGGGGACGCGGCGGCGGCGUCGGCGGCCAGCUCCCGAAUCGGAGAGGGACGAGACGGCGGCGGGACGGACGGCACGCAACCUGACAGCCUAACAGCCGCCACUGACGUGUGCGAACAGGCGGCCGAGGCGGAUCUCGCGGUGGGUGGUGUUGGUGGUGAUCCGGGAAAGAGGAGAGGAGCCACGGCUGGAGCGGCGUCCUCCGCCGGCGUCGCCGCUGGUACGACACCGCUUCGAAGCCGUCGGGGCCGUCCUAGGAAGUCAGCGACGGCGGCGACGCCAGCGCCACUGCCGUCGCAGCGGCACCAUCACCAUCACCUGGGAUUCGCGGCUGCGGCCGGUGGCGCAGCUGACACUCUGGCGGCGCCGCCGCCGACACCGCCGCCACGGAUGCCGCGCCUUAGUGAGCUACGGGCUGCGGGACGGCACGACCUGGUGUAUGCCCUAUCCGUACGGCACGCCGAUGUAUCUGUACGGCAGCAGCUGGCGGAGCUGGCGGGACUUGAGCUACGGGCGGAUCGGCGUGGCAGCAACCGUAAUGCACUGAGCUUCGAUGCCGUGGUUGAGGCAAUACAGGAGCGAUGCCACACCCCCAAGGCCAUCGGAGAGCACCUCCUUCGGCUCCAAGGAGUGGAAAUAUCCCGACAGCAUCUGACCACGUACCUGACCAGAGCAGUGGCGCAGGGCAAGCUGGUGAAGCUGUCGUACGGCAAGUACGGCUUGGGGCCCCGCUUCGUGCUGCAGACGUGA